GCCUCCAGGGGUCUUUAACGCUGGGGUGCGCACUGAACGUUGAUCGGACGCAGACGUGCUCUCUCUCCGCCACUCUGUGAGGUGACCCCCAAGGUUUGACAAUUUCGUGACCUGACUCUUGGCGGGUUCACUCUCAGGCGGUGGAAGCCGCUCUGGGCAGAGGCGAUCCGCGAUCGGGGCGCAGGAGUCGGGCCGGGCGGAUCCUGCCAGUUGCGCGGCGCCAAGCGACGCCCCCCUCCAGCGGUCACUGCCCGGGCCGCAGCAGCUGCAGCAGCGGCAACUGCUCGCAUCCCGGCCCCGGCUCGGGUUACUCCUCUCCUCCUCCUCCAGCAUCUUGAGCCAGACGGGGAAAACCUUAUUCAAGUUUGCAGCGAGCACUUUUCCCUGUGCGCAAAACUGGGGGUCUGGAAACGCACUGAGACCGGCCUCCUUUCCCGCGUCUCCACCUUUGAACCUGAACGGAGACUCCCAAGUGUCCUUCUCUUCUGGGAGGCUGCUCGGAGGUUAACUGCGCUGUUUGGGACAGAUUUUGUUUCUCGGCUGGCGCUGGGUGAAAACCAGGGAAAGAGGGUUGCGUUACGAAUCUCAGGAUCACGGGACCUGGACACUUCAUUCCUUAUGCAUGCAAAGACUGGGACCAGAUCAUUUCCUCCAGAAAUGCCCACUUCCUGAUGUGACUGCUGUAAGAGUUCAGCUUGCACAGUGUUUUCCACUCUGAGGUCAAAGAGUUCAGUAGGAGGUUGUGUUUCAGACAAAAUGGUUAUUUCAAUGAACUCCUGCCUGGGCUUUAUCUGUUUAUUAUUGUGCCACUGGAUAAGGAGAGCAUGUCCUCUGAAUCUUGAAGACCCUAAUGUGUGUAGCCACUGGGAAAGCUACUCAGUAACGGUGCAAGAGUCAUACCCACAUCCCUUUGAUCAAAUUUACUACACUAGCUGUACUGACAUUCUGAACUGGUUUAAAUGUACACGACACAGAGUGAGUUAUCGGACAGCCUAUCGACAUGGGGAGAAAACUAUGUAUAGACGCAAAUCCCAGUGUUGUCCUGGAUUUUAUGAAAGCAGGGAAAUGUGUGUCCCCCACUGUGCUGACAAAUGUGUCCAUGGCCGCUGCAUUGCUCCAAACACCUGUCAGUGUGAGCCUGGCUGGGGGGGGACCAACUGCUCGAGUGCCUGUGAUGGGGAUCACUGGGGACCUCACUGCAGCAGCCGGUGCCAGUGCAAAAACAGGGCCCUGUGCAACCCCAUCACGGGGGCUUGCCACUGCGCUGCAGGCUUCCGGGGCUGGCGCUGCGAGGACCGCUGUGAGCAGGGCACCUACGGUAAUGACUGCCACCAGAGAUGCCAGUGCCAGAACGGCGCCACCUGCGAUCACGUCACAGGGGAAUGCCGCUGCCCACCGGGAUACACUGGAGCCUUCUGUGAGGAUCUUUGUCCCCCUGGCAAGCACGGCCCGCAGUGUGAGCAGAGAUGUCCCUGCCAAAAUGGAGGAGUAUGUCAUCACGUUACCGGGGAAUGCUCUUGCCCUCCUGGCUGGCUGGGCACAGUGUGUGGUCAGCCUUGCCCUGAGGGUCGCUUUGGAAAGAACUGUUCACAAGAAUGUCAGUGCCAUAAUGGAGGGACGUGUGAUGCCGCCACCGGCCAAUGUCAUUGCAGUCCAGGAUACACAGGGGAACGGUGUCAGGAUGAGUGUCCUGUUGGUACCUAUGGAGUGCGCUGUGCUGAGACCUGCCGGUGUGUCAAUGGAGGGAAAUGUUAUCACGUGAGUGGCUCCUGCCUCUGUGAAACAGGCUUUUCUGGUGAGCACUGCGAGGCACGCCUGUGCCCGGAAGGUCUCUACGGCAUCAGAUGUGACAAGCGGUGCCCCUGCCACCUGGACAACACUCAUAGCUGUCACCCCAUGUCUGGAGAGUGUACCUGUACGCCAGGCUGGUCGGGACUCUACUGUAAUGAGACGUGUUCUCCUGGAUUCUACGGGGAAGUUUGCCAACAGAUCUGCAGUUGCCAGAAUGGGGCUGACUGUGACAGUGUGACUGGAAAGUGCACCUGUGCCCCAGGAUUCAAAGGAACUGACUGCUCUGCUCCGUGCCCUCUGGGAACCUAUGGGGUAAACUGCUCCUCUUUCUGUGGCUGUAAGAACGAUGCUGUCUGCUCUCCUGUGGACGGGUCUUGUACUUGCAAGGCAGGCUGGCACGGGGUGGACUGCUCCAUCAGCUGUCCCAGUGGCACCUGGGGCUUUGGCUGUAACUUAACAUGCCAGUGCCUCCAUGGCGGAGCCUGCAACACCCUGGAUGGGACCUGCACCUGUGCACCUGGAUGGCGAGGGGAGAAAUGUGAACUUCCCUGCCAGGAUGGCACGUAUGGGCUGAACUGUGCCGAGCGCUGUGACUGCAGCCAUGCGGAUGGCUGCCACCCCACCACGGGCCAUUGCCGCUGCCUCCCAGGAUGGUCAGGUAUCCACUGUGAUAGCGUGUGUGCUGAGGGACGCUGGGGCCCCAACUGCUCCCUGCCCUGCUACUGCAAAAACGGGGCUUCGUGCUCCCCUGACGAUGGCAUCUGUGAGUGUGCACCAGGGUUCCGAGGUACCACUUGUCAGAGAAUCUGCUCCCCUGGUUUUUAUGGGCAUCGCUGCAGCCAGACAUGCCCACAGUGUGUGCACAGCAGCGGACCCUGCCACCACAUCACGGGCCUGUGUGACUGCUUGCCCGGCUUCACAGGUGCUCUCUGCAAUGAAGUGUGUCCCAGUGGCAGAUUUGGAAAAAACUGUGCAGGAAUAUGUACCUGUACCAACAACGGAACCUGUAACCCUAUUGACAGAUCUUGUCAGUGUUACCCGGGCUGGAUCGGCAGUGACUGCUCUCAGCCUUGUCCGCCCGCCCACUGGGGCCCGAACUGCAUCCACACAUGCAACUGUCACAAUGGGGCCUUUUGCAGCGCCUACGACGGGGAAUGUAAAUGCACUCCUGGCUGGACGGGCCUCUACUGCACACAGAGAUGUCCUCUGGGGUUUUAUGGAAAGGACUGUGCGUUGAUAUGCCAGUGUCAAAACGGAGCUGACUGCGACCACAUCUCUGGGCAGUGUACCUGCCGCACUGGGUUCAUGGGGAAGCACUGUGAGCAGAAGUGCCCUGCAGGAACAUAUGGCUAUGGCUGUCGCCAGAUAUGUGAUUGCCUGAACAACUCCACCUGUGACCACAUCACUGGGACGUGUUACUGCAGCCCAGGAUGGAAAGGGGCACGCUGUGAUCAAGCUGGUGUUAUAAUAGUUGGAAAUCUGAACAGCUUAAGCAGAACCAGUACAGCUCUUCCUGCUGAUUCCUACCAGAUCGGGGCCAUUGCGGGCAUCAUCAUUCUUGUCCUGGUUGUCCUCUUUCUACUGGCGUUAUUCAUUAUUUAUAGACACAAGCAGAAGGGAAAGGAAUCGAGCAUGCCAGCAGUGACCUAUACCCCCGCUAUGAGGGUCAUGAACGCAGACUAUGCCAUUUCAGAAACCCUCCCUCACAGCAAUAGUGGCAAUGCUAACAGCCAUUACUUCACCAAUCCCAGUUACCACACCCUUACCCAGUGUGCCACGUCCCCUCACGUCAACAACCGGGACAGGAUGACCAUUGCAAAGUCCAAAAACAAUCAGCUGUUUGUGAAUCUGAAAAACGUGAAUCCUGGCAAGAGAGGCCCAGUGGUGGACUGCACGGGUACGCUGCCCGCGGACUGGAAACACGGCGGCUACCUCAACGAGCUCGGUGCUUUUGGGCUUGACAGAAGUUACAUGGGAAAGUCCUUGAAAGAUUUGGGAAAGAAUCCUGAAUAUAAUUCAAGUAACUGCUCCUUAAGCAGUUCUGAAAACCCAUAUGCCACUAUUAAAGAUCCACCUGUACUUAUCCCCAAAAACUCAGAGUGUGGUUAUGUGGAGAUGAAGUCACCAGCUCGGAGAGAUUCCCCGUAUGCAGAGAUCAAUAACUCAACUGCAGCCAACAAGAAUGUUUAUGAAGUUGAACCUACAGUGAGUGUUGUCCAAGGAAUAUUCAGCAACAAUGGGCAUCUCUCUCAGGAUCCAUACGACCUCCCAAAGAACAGUCACAUCCCUUGCCAUUAUGACCUGCUGCCAGUCCGAGACAGUUCAUCCUCCCCUAAACAAGAGGAUGGAGGCGGCAGCAGCAGCAGCAGCAGCAGCAGCAGCGAAUGACACCAAAGGACCACUCGGUAGCCACUGGAACCCUUUCCAGAACUGCAGUUCAAUUCUUCUCCAUCCUUGAGUUUGCCACCAUUUAUGAAUGUUAAUGUACAUGGUAGGCAAUUGAUGAUGUAAACCAGAAAGCUCAAAGCUCAGGCUGGCUGACCAUAGGUCCUUGUGUACAGGUGGCUUGGAAGGAGAUAAUCAAUAUGAGUUCCCACUCUUGUUAGUUUUAGAACUGCACCUAUGAAGCAUGACUCACUGUAAAAUCUUGGCUACAAGCAUGACCUUGCAGACCUCCUUCAAAGACAUGGGUUGCAGUGGACAUUGGUAUUACUGCUUGAAAAAUUAAAAUUUAAAUAUUUUCUUUCUCAUUCGCAUUGUAGAGCUAUACCUAGGAUUGUGCAGUUUACCAUAAAAUGUAGUGUGAAUCACUAAACAUAUAGAGGGAAAGGAGCAUUUUAUUGAGUCCUGAUUGUUCAUGUUUUUUCAGCUGAACUCAGAAUUGUAGGGAUACUAUAAACCCAGGAGGAAACAUUCUGUCGAGUGGCAUAACUGGUUAGACUUCGAAUAAACUUUAGAAGUGGAUAGCAAAUUUAAAUAUGAAAACCUAGACAUUUUUAGAAUGAAGAAAUGUACCAUUAGAAUUAUUUUAGAAAUACUAAAAUUAUUACAGGAAUCAAUAUAUGCCAGGCAGAGGUGAAAUUUCUGCCUGUCUGACCCUUGUCCCACUUUAAAUCCAUGACAUUAUUCUGAUCAUUGUCCCUAUCAUACACAUUCACCACUUGAGAUCCAUAACAUAUCAGUAAUUAUUUCAUAAAUAUAGAAAUGAAAUAAUUUUAUUUUUGACAGACUGGAUUGAAUGAGUGUAUAAUGAUUGGAAAAGUUGUAAAUUUUAAGUGUGAGGAGACACUUAAGUUUUGUAAACCAUUAGUAAUACAUGCUGUAAUAUAGAAUUAGCAGAAAGCUUUUAUUAAUUUCUCCCUAGAAGUGACUGAAAUAUUUUUGUGCAUAUUUGAGAAAAGGGCACUUUUCUUUUAUUAAUUGUUGAUUUAGAGAAACUAUGCUUAAGCUGGUCUUUUGCAUUGCUAAUAUGACAUGUACCCCAUUUUUCUUUAAUUUGUAUUUUCACGUUUAAGUUGUAUAUUCUAUGUUUUGUAGUGUUUGAAUUGUUAAUGAAAAAAUAUUAUAUGUUCAUUGUUUCUUGUAUUAUUACCACUUAUCUUUUUGCUUGAUAAAAAUGAAUUUUUUUUUCUUUUGGAGGGAGGAGAUGAAAAUAUAUAUCGAAUCUAUUGAAAUUGGUCAUUACUGAAAUAGUAUAGAAACCAUAGGUGAAUGGCUUAUAAUUGAAAUAGAGAAGAUUUAAUAUUCCAAAGUGGAGUUCCUUUUGAUCUGUGCAUUCUGAGUCUUGGCUAAACCAGGAGUAAUGGCAGCAGGAAGCUAUCCUUACUGAGUGAGUACCACACGCUGAUCUCACUAAAGACCUUCAUUAGGGUUGAUCAUCCAAUCUGGGAUACUUCUGAGAGUGAAUGAGGACAUUAUUAAUAAUUAUCCUACAAUGGACUUUAAUCUAGAUUGUUCCAGGCAAACCAGAAUGAUGCUCGUCUUGUGCAUUCUUAUCAUGCAAUAACGUUUUUCACCCCAAGGCAAUUGUCUCAUGAGAAUGCCCAUAUGUUGCAAGAAAGCCAGUUUCUCUUUCUUUGACCUAUGGAGCAAGCCAAAGGGCUGAAAAGCUGAGAAAGGAAACAACUUCAUAAGAGAAAACAGGGGUCUUCAAUCUUUUAAAGACACGCACUGUGGUCCUGUCUCAUGAGUCAAUGAACAAUAUGUACGGUGCACCUGUUGUGCCAGUAGUAUACAUCUCACAUUGCACUGCCAGUUAUCAGGUUGGGAUGUCCAGUGAUUUCAUAGCGCACACCUGCCCCUGCGAUGGUGGUUUGGUCGGGUGGAUGAUACAACAAACAUCUUAGGGCAUUCCCUCCUUUGAUGGCUGUUUCUUUUAGGGAACCCCAAAGUCGGUUCAAGGAAAUAUAAAACUGCUUGGAACACACCUUAAAAACAAUUGAUUUAUGCCAGCAGUUAAUCACUGCCUGAUCUUGACAAUAGGAUAUAGGCAUCUAAUUCAGACACUUAUGAGUGAAUAGCCACAAAAAGUCCUUGCUGGUAAGAAGAAAAAAAAAAGACAUUUUUUUCCUUGCUUUUUUAAGGAUCAUUCCCCAUUUGCUCCCUGGAGCUACAGAAAGAUUCCCCAUUGCUCCCUGGAGCUACGUAAAAGAAAAAAAUGAAACAAAACAAAACACCCAUUUCUUGUGUCAUUCCACUAUCAAAAAAUGGUAAGAAAGAAAUAUAAAAGGCAACAGCAACUGAAGGAAAAAACCUGGGCAGCAGAUGUGGACUCAAAGGGGCACUGCCGUCCCUUCCUGAGCUUUCUUUCUGAUAAAUCAGUUGCUCAGGACAACUGCUGUCCUGAACCAAGGGAUUCUCACUUAUCAGGGUUCACUCAGGACGUUUCAAACAUCAGAACACGCACAGCACUUUGGAUAUUGUAAAACUACAUAUUAUAUCUGCCUAGUUCAGAAGUCAAAAUGUUAGAUUUGGUAAAGAGAGAAAUACUUUUGUCAGAAUGAGAAUUAAAGACAAAAGGCUCUGACAACUUUUCCCCCCAAAAUGACAAUCUUUUGGAACUUUUCCAGAUACGUUAAAUGUAAUUUGAUGGUGACGUCAUUCUUCAUACUUAGUGAAUCUAUUCUCAUAACCUUUGAACCCGUGUUAAUUUGGGACCCUACACAUAAUUUCUUCCCUGCGUCCUAUAAAGGUCCAAGAUGCGAAUGAGUUUGGUAAUACCUGGCUAAAGCCAUUCAUGCAGGAAUGUCAGCAAAACUGUUCUUCUUUCCUUAGAGGUUGAUGUAUCAGAAAAUUUGUAAAGUGUUUGUAUUUAUAUAUAAACCCAUCAAAACUGGCUCAAGUGAUAGCUCAUAUGCUUGCUUUCAUACGGGGAGUAUACUAUUUGUAGUUAAUUAUAUAAUAAGGGAAAUUUCAUAGUGAUUUACAAUGCUUGAUAUAAAUUCCUCUCCCAGUAGUAACGUUAGCAGAAGAUUUAACGUGUUUAGCAUUAUCUGUAUGGGAAAUUAUAUUCACCAAUUUCAGGAAAACCAACACAAUUUUAUGACAGUUAUCACCUGUCCCAACCAAAUACAUUAGCACAAUAACUGUGUGUUGUAAUACAAAAAACUUUAUGAAAAUGUGAUCAUUUUGAUUCCAACUAGCCACAGUGGUAGUUGUCAAUUAUUGGGAUUUUUAAACCAUAAAUAUUGCAAAAAUUGCACAAAAAUAUCACAAUACCAUUUAGAAUUCAUGUGGAUAUUAAAAGUCUACUACUUAUCCCUUAAAAUAAAAUGAAAUCAUUAAAAAAAAAACUUGAGUUUUAAGGUUGUGUUUUAAAAUAACAAAUUUUCUAUCUCUGGGUAACAUGUUUACUAUUCAAAAUAAAUAUUUGAGAGAUGUUUUGGUCUUAAAGGCUUAAUGUCAUGAAGUGUACAUAAAUACGCAAAUGUGAAUCACAUGGUGUGGACAGGUGCUUGUUUAUGAAUUAAAGAUUAUGGCAAACUGCCUUUUUAGGGUCCUCUAAAAAUUGAUGUCCUAACACUGGGUCUGCUUAUUCUAGUUGAGUAUUUAGUUCAGGCUUCGUUUUGAACAAAUCACAAUAUCUAUUUUUAAAAGGAAAAAAAUUAAAAUACAUUCGGAUUUUCUUCAUUGUAGCAAACAAAGACAGCUUUCAGUGUUAAAAUAUCUCUUAUCCAAAGAUGAUAAACUUUCAGCAGUGUUAGCCUACAUUGUCAUUUAU